AGUAACUUCCCAAGGUCAUCAGGCCUUCUAGUUCCAGAAGCUGUGCUCUUACCAUUCUGCUACCAAAUAUUUUGAAAAAAAGAAAAAGUAACAACGAUGACAGAGGCCAUUGAUUAUUUCAUAGGAUAGUCACACCAUGCCAUUCGCCCAAUCUUGCAGACACACCUGGCUGUUAAAGGUUCGUCAACAAAUACCUAUCUAUUGUCUCCAGAAGCUGUAUUACUCACACUGACCUUGCAAUUAACUCAAUCCCUAGGUCUGGAAAGUUGUCUUCUCUGCCUACCCAAAACCACACAUCCAAAGAACAUAUUGACUCUUAGCCCUGCUCCAAAGCCUUUCCAGAAAACUACAAAUGGUUGA